GAUUCGGAUGACCUAAUCGAAGCGAAACAGUUGCAGUCACGUCCACGAAUUGAUCCAGUGCUUUUAUACAUACGUACUCAAAUGUUAUGCAUUGCUCAUGCUCCACUUUCCACACUUUUGAAAAGUUGUUUAACAUUUAGCCAAACUCAAUUCAAAGAGACGUUAACUAUAUCAUGGUACUUGCUGACCCAUAAGGACCCUCAUAUCGCCAUUGCUGCAGCAUCGAUGUUUAUCGUAACAUCGAUUCGCCGUCCCGAAGAUAUAUUGGCAAUAAUGCAUCGGGAUAUGUCACAUGAAGAUCCUAAUGUACGAACUGCUUCCAUAAGACGCUUUCAUAUACUUUGGCGAAGUCGUUUUUACGUGUGGCUAAAGCUAGAAGACGGUGCUCAAACGAAUCUCAAGGUGCCACCUCCAAGCAUUGAUUUUACGUUACCAUCGCCCUCAAUUGGACAAAGUCAAGUCGCGAUCGUUGAUCCACCAUGGAUGCCACACAUCAAGACUAAGGUUGAAGAACUUACACUCAAGGAGGAAGAACAGGCCACUAGUCAGACCAUAAUGACAAUGACAAGAACAAGACGUAAACAAAAGCAAGAAAUGGUUAAACGUGCUGUACAUGAAGCUGAUGAAAGACAGAGCACUUUAAGACAGAAAUUUGUAUUUCGGGCAAUUCCUAUCUUACAACAAGCAGCUUAUGAGCCUUCUUUAUUUCAUCAUCAGAUCAAUCUCCAACAAAUUCAAAGCGAUGGAUCAGCAGAAGAAGGCGAAAUGCAUCCAUUAUCUCGUCAACAGUUGCCAGUUGCACAACCACUGUUUCCAUCAGCCAUACUUACAGUUGUGCCAAAAAUUAUUGAAAUGCUUGAUGAUGUGGCAAUCAUAUGGUCGUGUAUAGUUGAGGAUCCAGCUUUAUUUCUUCGCCAUUUUUUAGAAAAAUUGACAAAUCGAGAUCGACAAGAAUAUCUGAUUUCAUUGCUAAAAAAAUUGGUUAUUAUGUUUAGUCCGUUGCCAAAUCAAUCAGCUUAUUCGCUAUUAAAUUAUUUGUUCGGAUUUGUUAUGUAUUAUGUGCGAAGUCCCUGUGAUGGAAGUGAUAAAGCAAUAGGAAUGGCUUUAAGUUUAAUUUGGCUCAUUGCUCCUGAUGUUCAUGGACUUUAUUUUAAAGAUAUGAAGCAAACUUUGAAGAAAGAACAAUGUGAUCAAGCAUUGAUGAUAACAGCCAACGUUCCUUCUGCCAAAAAAAUAAUUGUGCAUGGGCCAGAUUGUGGUAAUGGUGGUAUUCCGUCACAGUUUCCAAUUCACGAAGACACACAGUUUCAACAGAUUCUCACCGAUAGUCUCGAAUUUUUUAACAUUCCUGAAAAUGAAAUUGAUUGCUAUUUUCUAGUUGAUACCAAAACAAAUCUAGUACAUAUGCCUUUUUCUUAUGUUCGAGAUUUCUACUUUUUUCACCGAUCGUUUUAUCCACAAUUGACACUUAUCAAAAUGGAGAAAAACGAAGCUGAGUUUCGCAUGAGAACUACGGCACUCACUCAAAAAUUCAUUGAGAUCGGCAAAGUUCUCUUAACGCAUAAUGCCCUUAGCCAUAGCCCUGAAAAUGUGAUUCCACAGAGAAUUUUUUUUCUUCACGAUGAGUUCACGCAUUUACCAUCAUUUCCUCGCAAAAGUCUUGAAACAUGUUUUGGAAUGUACAAUGGACUAAUGGGACCCGAACUGCAUGCGAUGGACACCAUACAUAAAUUCGUUUGGGCACAGCUCGUCUCCGAUAUGUUCGAAAGAAUGGAAAAUGCGUUUAUAUUUGGUGAUUUACAUCUUUUCAUAAAUGUUAUAAACGGAAUAAUGCUUAUGCACUGUGAAGAAGUGACAAUCUUACGAAGAUGUAUGGCCACGUACUUAUCAAUGGCAAUUCAUUUUAAUACGCUUUUUGCUAAUCAGGGAUUCUUUCUUAUAAUGCCAACGAUACUUCGUUGUUAUAGUCAAAGACAAACGAACAGUCUUUUAUGCCGUACUAUCGAAUUUGUUUGUAAACAAUUUUAUAUAUUACAUCGCAAGCCUUUUUUCCUACAAAUGGCUGGGUCCGUUGCGAACAUUCUGGAUAUAAAUGAUAACGAUUUUGAAAUUAAUCUUUCCAAGAUUAAAGCUAAAUACUGGUUCAGCCUCAUAAGAAGUAUGGAAGACAUGUCAGACUUGCACGAUUUUCUGGAUAUUCUUGGACUUGUUAAUGAAGCGAAACCAUUAAAAGCUAUCGAUUUAUGCUAUCGUGAUGAUCCAAAUACUUUUAGUAUUCUCACUGAUGGUUUGGCAAGUUGUGUUACAGUUUGUGCCUUUGCUCCUGAAUCAAGACGAUCUUAUCAAAUGCUGUUAAUAAUGCAAGCCACGAUUCCCUAUUACAUAGAUCACAUGGAGAAAGAGACUUCGGCUCAAAGCAAUUCUACUUCGGCUGUAAAGCAUGAGAUUGCUUUUUAUGCAACAUUGUGUGUGGAAAUGAAAGCACUUGUAACAUGUUGUGAAAUUCUUGCCAGGGGACCAACUCGAACAUUUGAUAUUGUAAACAGUGUAAGUGAGAAAGGCAAAUCUCUGAUCGCCGAUUCUCCUCAAUUUUUCGAUCCACCAACGGUACUCGAGGAUGAGGGGAAGGCUCAUUAUUUCAAUACUACAGUGGGAGAAAAAAAGGAAAAAAAAAGUGUUUGUGGUUGGGAAAGUUCGGAUUCAGAAAUGCAACGAGAAAUGUAUCGUCGAUCUCGAGACGCUAUUCUAAUUUUAUCAGCGAAUUUUAUUGAUAAAGCUACUCCGAGACUAAAAGAACUUGCGAAACUUUUAUCUAUAUCCGAACAUUGUAAAAUUCCUGAAGUUUUUGAUCAUAAAUGCCAUGUGAAGCUUAGCGAGAUAGCACUGUCGUUAUUGAAGGUUGCUCCAUACGACAGCAAUACAAUGGCUUGUUUAGGAUUGCAGAAAUAUUUUAUGUCAAUAUUGCCAAUAACGGAUUGGUCCGUAGAAAGCAAUCGAUCAACUCUGAAUAUAAUUCUUCGAAGAUUAGACAAAACCAUACAGAAAAUUGCGAAGAAAAUGGCUUCACGGCGAAGAACCAACUGGAACGCUCUAACAAAUUGGCUUGUUGGUCUGGAUUAUACAUUAAGUGCAUUUCCAUAUAUCGCUCAUUUACAUCCGCUCAAGACAACAACACAAAUGUGCUUACGAAUAAUGGUUGGCGAUCCUUGCGUCCUUGAUGAACCCUUGCAAUCCACUGCACAUAACUUCAGUUCAUCCACAGUCCUUCAUGCUUUAUCACCACCUCAGUCGUUUUGCAAUGUUGUUUUGAAAAUCGCGUCAUUUCUUAUGCAAACUCUUGGACAAUUAUCCUUUUCGCUAGAAUUUUUCUGUAGUACAGAAGGCAUUGGUCCAAUGGCUGACAGACUGGAAGCAGUUCUAUGUCAUAUUCUCAUACCUCUCUUUCUCCGGGCAACAAUGUCGAAGAGAGAUUCACCACAGUUCCAUGCGAAAGAUAUUGCAUUCACACUGAAUUUGCUUCAAAAUGCUAUCAAUCCAGCACUCGCUAAACAAAACAUUGCUCUUCCCGCUAGUACAUCACUCGCAACUUCUCUUAUUCGUUCGAGCACGAGUGCUGUUCAUGCAGACACAGCAGCUCGUCAGGGUUCAGUUUCUGUAACAGAUCGUGGGCAUUCUGCUACUGUUUCAACUCAUUGUAUUGUAAGAGAAAGUAUUUAUCAAUCAGUUUUUCUAGCCUUGAAAGUGAUGAUGGUUUCCUUCGAAAAGCAAAUGAGUAUACACUGGGUUCGAUUAUCGAAAAUAAUACGAGAAUUAAUUUGUAAGAAAGUUGGUGGCCCAUCGUUAUCGUCGUUCAUCGAAUUCGUUCUCAGUUCCAAUCUGCCUGUUUCUUUGCUAAUUUUACCUGUGAUGCAAAAUAAGAUUAAUCAGAAAGCAAUAAAUGAGCAGGAAAUUUUGUGGCAAAACGAAUUUAAAGAACGUGUGAACCGAUUUACGAAUGUUCAUUCUGAAAUCCGAAGUUUAGGUUCCAUUCUUAAUGAAUUGUCGCAAGAAUUACAGGCGAUGAAAGAAGAUUUUGCUACAAGGCCAUUCGAAGUUGCUCGAUCACAUACGCCAACUAUAACUGCUGAUCUGCAUAGCGAGACCGGAAGUGCUCAUAGUGGUCCUAGACUUUCUUAUUCUCGUCCAUCCGAAUCGAGGCGUCUUUCUUCCACUAAUGCAGCUAAAUUAACCACUCGAGCUGGGCCUUCUAGUGGGCAAGGUGAAAUCACUUUAAAAAAUACCAUUGUAGAAGAUGAAGAAGUUGCUCAACUUCAAACUGUAACUGCACCCGUGCGAAUAUCGAAAAGUCCAUCGUUACCAGCCAAUAAAAUUGUGUCAUUUAUUACUCCAAAAUAUGUGCGACAUGAUUCGAGUGACGGUGAGGAUUUCGUGGAUCGCAUAACCGCUUGUCAUCAUUAUGUGUAG